AUGGAUUCGCCACAAGUUCUCGACCCAUCAGAUGACGCUCCCGUGCAAUUGCCUCAAUCCCAAGACGGCGAUACAAGUGACCUUCACGAAGAUGCCUCACACGGCGUUGUCGGAAUGGUGCCGGGCAGCGAUGGCAAAACGCGUCCGAGGCGUCCACGUGGUCGUCACGCAAAAGAUCCGUUGGCAAAAUCCAUAGUCAUCCAGUGUCAGAGAUUGGAAGAUCUAGAAGCCCAGCUAAAGGAGCAUCUGGCGGACCCGGCCACUGACCGUGAACACACCACUCUGGAAUUUGACUUCCCUGUCACCGCCGCCUUUAUGGUGGCUGCGAGGGAGCCCCUUGGGAAAGGAGAUCUAGGUGAAAAAAGGACGCCGUAUACGUACAGCUUAUUCAACAAGACCGCAAUCACCGUCAUCGACGCUUUGCACACGAUCGAAGACCCCAAGGAACGGGUGAUCAUGCAGAAAGGUAUCAGCAAAACACUCGUCGAAACAUGUCAAAACGUGGAUGGAUAUCGCUACAGCUUCCACAAUCACUGGAUCAGUCGAGAAGACCAAGCAAGCAGAUUUUCAUACUAUUGCAAUGAUUCCGUGCUCAACAAGGGCCGGGCUGCUAACGAGGGCGUUUCUAAGAUCAAAGCUGGUGUCAAGGUUCGCAAACCAGUUUACGAUUGCCACGGGUUGAUCUCUAUCAAAUUCUCCGUGACAAAGAACAAGAUGGAACUCCACUACAAACACAUUCCUCUCCACAAGACCUUCGAAGAAAGGGCUCCCAAUCCUCGCAACGGCUCAAAGCGCAAGCGUCUACUAGAAAUCUUUCAUCCAGAAAAGCUCCCGAAACAUAAAAGGAGAAAGUCAGAUGAAUCUAAACCCCCAAGACCCAAGAGGUCUGCUACCGAGCCAGUCCCGCAGGCAGACGAUGGGUCAACCGCACCACAAAGAGAAAAUAGUUUGGCGCCGUUAUUCGAUUUUCUGGGCAGGCUUGAAGAAGAUGAGUCUGGGCCAGAUACAACAGAACCACCAACCACCGACGUCGUCAAGGACCCUGGUCCCGAAAGCGGAAACAGACGCAAGAAGAAAACGGUUCCCGGCACAUUUAUUUGGAACAUCGCGGACUCACAGAAACGAAAGCCCGCCCCAAAAAGGUCUCAGACUGCUCUUGUCGUUACAGCGACCCUUGCGGCUCCUUCCGCUACGGCAGCUCCGGCAGACGUGAUUCCUCCGAGCGGUGGCCUAACAGUGACAUCGGUAUCUUCGACCGAAUUAGAGCUGCGAGCAAGGCUAGAGCAGGCCGAGCAAAAAAUUCGCGAUCUGGAAGCUGAAAAGCAACAGCCGGCAAGAGUACCUACAGACCCGGGAAGGUCGAGUGCUCUGCCCGAGGUACCACAGGGGCCACGGCCUCCGCCCCUGGCCACGGCUUAUCCUUCUCUCCCACCUAAUACAUACUUCCCUCCGCCGCAUUUCCCAUACCCCUCGGCUUCCCUACAAUGGAGCUACACUCCUCAUCCCUAUCAUUACCCUUAUCCUUAUCCACCUGGAGGGUCAUCCAGUCUGCCCUUUCCCAACCCUUCGCCAGGGACCGCUCCAGGCGCGACCCAUCCUGAUGCAUAUCACUACCAUUCGCAACCUCUGCCUCCACUUGGGCAACAGCGGCCUCGAUCGAACCCAUCACCAACAUACGGCUUUGUUCCCAGUCCUAUAGACCCAAUGGACCCUGUUACAAUGAGGGUCAGAUCAUAUCUUGGCCCCUCUCAACCUCACACCAUCCCUGAUUCCAGCUCUGUCUCUCGCGUCGAACCACGUGCCGAGACUCAGGCUACGGCCCAAUCUACUCAAUCUCCAUCACAACGCCAAACUGAGAGGAGUUCCCGUGCGCCUUCCGCACCGGCGCCAGAGCCUUCGGAUAGAAAUGCAACAGCUCCAGAACCAUCGGACGGAAGUGCCUCCGUGCCAGCCAUUGCAGAAUUAGCCAAAUCCGAGGCUAGAGCAGCAACGCCAGUCCCGGCCGCGACAAGCACCACACCAGGGUCGCGGGCGGCAGUUCCAGAUCCGAAUUCUACCGAACCCCCGGCAGGAACUGAGCAGGACUCGAGCACAGUCGUGACCCUUUCGACAUCAUAG